CUUGCGCGCGCGGGCAGUAUGGCGGGUAGCAGUAAGAUUUGACCAAGCUUGGAGUUGGCAGAAAAUUCGUAGUUAAAAAUGGCUUCGUUUGUUACAGAAGUGCUUGCGAGCUCGGGGAAAUUGGAAAAAGAUGACCUUGCUUCAAAAAUAUCUAAAUUAUCUCGGAAGGUGGAGGAAACCAAGGAGGAGGUAUCUGACAUGAUCAAUAAGAAGUACAGUGAGUUCUUACCUAGUAUGGAGGCAGCCGAAGAGCUCAUGGCUCAGGUGGAAUCUGUAUCCAAAGACAUUGAUCUCCUCAAAAGCUGUAUUGACAAUGAGGUGCAGAGGAACCUUCAUGAGGCCGUGACAGAAUAUGCCAAACUUAAACAGCAGCUUGAAAAGAACACUGCGGUGAUAAACAUGCUCCAACAUUUACAAGAGUUUGAUAGAGCCAUGGAGGAGUAUCACAAAGCCUUGCAGCAGAAGAAAUACGAGACAUCGGCCAAACAGCUUGGAAAAGCACAGGCCAGUGUAGAAGCCUUGAAAGCUUGGAACACUCAAGAUCUACCGUUACUUCGUGCUCUUAGCUCAGAGAUCACCGUACAGAGAGAGAACCUCAUCUAUCACCUCGGAGAGGAGUGGAAGCAACUGGCAGUAUGGAAGCUACCUCCUGCCAAAGAACUGACUGGAAUGCAGUCUUUCCUGACUACAGCACUUCAUUUAACUGGAGGAGAAUCUAAAGAGGAGAAAGGCAUGCCCAGUCCAUUACUUUCCAGUGUACUUCAGGCUCUUGCUAUUCAAGGAGAGCUGCCCAAAAAGAUCAAACUAUUUGGUCAGGUGCUACUAAAGUACGUGCUAAAGCCACUCAUCGUGUACCCAUCCCUGGAGGUGGAGGUGAGUGAGCACCUUGAGGUGGGCACAGUGUUGAGUUUACAGAGCAAAGAGAACCAAGCAGAGCGCCCUACACCUGCAGAUGUGUAUGCCAAAAUCCUUUUAGUGCUCAAGACCCUGCACAAACAUCUGUUCGAUAUAGCAGCUGGUGAAAAGAAAGUGUCUGCUAUAUUGGGAGACCAGAUAUGGGAGGAGAUGUCGGACUGCAUCAUCCGGGAAAGCUUAUUGCAUUCCAUACCAACUAACAGCAGCCAGCUUGCAUCUUAUGAUAAGGUUAUUAAAGAAACUGAAGAUUUUGAAAGUCAUUUAAAGGAUAUGGGGUACCUGUCUGGAGAUUCUACAGAUCUCUUAAAGUAUGCUAGAAAUGUCAACUGCCAUUUUGCUAGCAAGAAAUGCCAAGACGUCAUUGUAGCUGCCCGGAAACUAAUGACUUCAGAGAUGCAUAACACAGUUAAAAUCUCUCCAGACUACAAGCUCAGCCUCCCUAAAUUGCCAGGCCAUGGAGGAGGGAGCAAAGAGAAGCAGGAGGGAAAGAGGAGUGGCCAGUGUGAUCAGCAGAUCCUGGAGAAUGAGAAACAGCUGGGCCAGCGCACUCUGUGUCUGCCUGUGUGUCGCAUCAGUGAGUCAGUGCAACAGCUGAUCGAGCUGGCAAUAAAAACCCUGUCUGAGGCAGUGGGCAGCUCCCCCCAGUGUGCUGUCCAGCUCUUCUACACAACCCGAAAUAUUUUUCACUUGUUCUAUGAUGUGGUUCCAACCUACCACAAAGACAACCUACUUAAGUUUCCUCACUUAGCUGCAAUCCAGCACAACAACUGCAUGUUCCUUGCCCACCAUCUUUUGACACUUGGUCAUCAGUUUAGACCUCAUCUUCCUUUGAAAGAUGGAGUGGCCUAUUUUGUUGACUUGGUCCCAGGCUUUAGAAAACUGGGCGCUCAGUGUUUUGUGGCACAGAUGAACGUUCAGAAAGCAGAAAUGUUGGAGAGACUGUCCACUGCCAGAAACUUCUCCAAUUUGGAUGAUGAAGACAAUUACACAGCAGCCAGCAAGGCAGUUAGACAAGUAAUUCACCAACUAAAGCGACUGGGGAAAGUCUGGCAGGAUGUCCUUCCAGUGAACAUUUACUGCAAAUCCAUGGGAACGCUUCUGAAUACCGCCAUUUCUGAACUGAUUACCAAAGUCACAAUGUUGGAGGACAUCUCUACUGAAGACGGAGAGCGUCUGCACACACUCUGCCAGACCAUCAUAGAGGAAGGGCCGCUAGUCUUCACACCGCUACCAGAUGAGUCCAAGAACAAGAAAUACCAGGAGGAAGUGCCAGUCUAUGUGAGGAAGUGGAUGACCUUUAAAGAACUGUCCAUGGUGCUGCAGGCCAGUCUGCAGGAGAUAGUGGACAGGUGGGCAGAGGGCAAAGGGCCUCUUGCACAGGAGUUCUCCAGUAAUGAAAUGAAGAGUCUAAUUCGAGCUCUGUUCCAAAACACAGACCGACGAGCUGUAGCCCUCAAUAAAAUCAAAUAACGACUCGUAUUGCUCAGGCACUUAACAACGUUAUUGGACUAAAGUGUACACACCUGCUCUUCCUACUUUAUUUUUUUCCCCUUCCUUCUAUUUUUGUAUUACGCUGUAACAUAUAAUAAUAAAUGCCUUUUCAAGCAAUGUCACA